UUUGCUGCAUCUCUAGGACAUGGUGAUGUUUGCAUUUGAUACGCUGUGCCUCGUGAACCCAAAACACUGGAGUCCUUUGAAGAUUAUGUAAAAGUACAGGUGCAGAUACUCCUCAAAGAGAGUAAUAAUGGGACCAGGCAUUCAAGAAUAUCCUUUAUUACUGCACAGAGAGACACAGAAAAAGGGAAGCCAAAUCAAUGAAACCCACAAAGGAAUGGUAAAUUACAGUGGUGGAAACAGCCAUCUGAGUACCACGGGACUAAAGAAACAAAUAUCUCAUGUGAGAUCUUCUGGAAGAUUAGACAGAAGUAUAUCAAAUGCCACUGAAAAGAUUUCCCAUGACACUCAAGAUGAUAACCGACCAACUGUUUUUUACAAGGAAAGAAACCAUCUGGAUGACAACAUUCAACCAAGCAGAAUGUCGAGUGCUUGCACAUCGUUGCACAGAGUGAAAGGAUCAAAGAGGAGUGUCCCAGAAAGAAAGCAAAGUGAAGCUGUACUGCACAGGAUCUCCCCCAGUAUUAAGGGCAGCUCACAAGGUAGCUUUAGCAAGGCAAAAGAGGUCCCGACGCAACGUUUUUACUGCAGUAAAAAAAAGCAGUCAGAAAGUUCUCGUAAGGAACAUGUUGCUGAAGCUACUCCGUGCUCCUCUAAAUGGCAAGAAGCAUCUGUAGAUGAGAUGCUUCUUGAUUUUGAAUCAGUACAAAUUAUUAAAGAGGAUGCUGAAGAUGAUAGUGCCAGUGACCUUUCUGAUUCAGAAAGGAUUCCCAUUCCCCCGUCUCCCUGCACACCACCAGAACUCAUUCUCAGAGCUGAAGAAAUUGAUCCGGUUUGUUUGGAGCACGUCCUUGAUACAGGGUUUAAAGAAUCAGAUUAUUAUUACUCAGAUUUCCUCCCACCACCUUUCAACUCUUGGGAUUUGAAGCAGCUGUCCAUCUUUGUUCAUGUAGAGGGUAAAUCUGAAUUUCGACCGAAGCCGGCAGGAUUUCUUGAGAAAUACAUUGAUCGCCUUUUGCAGCUGGAAUGGCUGCAAAUGCAGACUGUACAGAAUGAGAAAGGAAAGGCAGCAAAAGUCAGACCUCAAACUGCUCCCAGCUCCAUACGUCCCCUAAAAAGCUCUGGCAAAGGCAAAGCACUGCACAGCCCUUUGCCCAACAAGCAAACCGCUCCCCAAGAGAGCAUUCUGAAGCUGCCCACAAGCUAUUCAGGUCACAGGAGAGACUCAUUCUAUGAAGAAAAUCGCCAGUUACGUGCACAUCCAGGUCACUUGAGAGUUUCUGAAAGAAUGGGGUAUACACUGUCAUCUGAGAGACAAUCUGGGGAAGGAAGGAGUGAGUUGAGAAAGAGACCAACUGUAAAGCAGCAGCUUCUCAAUCUGCAGCCCUCUGAGAACAGCUCUAAAAUGCAAGGCAUUGGGAACGUCAGACCCCCUAAGCAGUCCCCUGCAUUCCAUGCUUCCGCUGCUCCCAUUAAAGGCUUAAAAACGUAUGCAUGUACAAAUCCAAAGAAAAACGGCAAUGCUAAUAAUUGUGUUCCUUCCAAAAAAACAACAGGGGACAGGAAAAUGAAAACAAAUGGCACGAAGCAAACCUCACGUAAAUUUAAAUGAAAAAACAUGAGUAAGUGUCAAUGCUUGGCUGCUAGAAAGCAUUUGGCCGUGUAGAAGGGUCAUGUUUUCUUCAUAAGAAAAUCUUGAGGAAAAUAUGUUUUUGAUGCAUUGUUCUAAAUCAGCACUAUUUAAUAAAUGUGAUCAUAAACCAGCAAGGCCAUCAGGAAUCUUCUCCUUGAAGGCAAAUGUCUUCCAUUGGUCUUUCCUCAAAAAUAUUUAGCAUUGCUAAAUGAAUAUAGCACAGGCUAAAUAAUCAAGUUUAUAGAAA